AUGACAUUAUAUGAUUUGAUCUAUCCACACAUACCUACUUACCUUAUACAGCUCAAGCUUCAUCUUUUUGUUCUUCCCAUGAGUAGCAAGGUUGAUACCAUGGAACCAUUCCACACCUUGCUCGAUGAUCUACAACUAACGAAAACUAAUUCGAUCAUCAAAGUCCGUUGUAUCCAUGUCUAUGAAGUUGCCGCUCCUAGAGACAAAACCAAUAUCGUGAGUCUAGAAUGUGUGCUUCACGAUCGAAUGGGCACAAGGAUUCAAGCAACUAUUCCACGAAUUCUACAUGCAAAGUUUGGUGCACUAAUUAGGGAAGGGGAUAUCAUUGGUGUGGUUGUCGACACUGGAAAAAUUGUUACACAUUCUACAUAUAGACUCAUCGAAACCCGGCUAUCAGAUUCCGACCAUAACAUGCUUUUUUGCACAUUGUGGGGAGAUGUUGUUGAUUCCUAUCUUCAACAACUAGAAGGAAUUAAAGGAGAAAUACCCAUUAUUAUUGUCCAAUUUUGCAAGCCAACUUUGUUUCGCGGCACGAUUCGUGUGAGAACCCACUUUAAUAUAUCUAGUGUUUACAUCAACCAAGAUAUUGAUGAGAUUUCCAAGUUCAAAGAGAGGAUUUCUGGUGACGUCGCUUUCUUGUCCCAAGAAUCAAUUUAUCGUUUUACUGAUACAAGGGUGUCUAAUGAAUUUGAUGGCUUGGUCGUAAAAACUCUUGCAGAUGUACAAGAAGAUGUGGAUGGUUCUUACUGGAUUUGUGGUAGAAUUGAAGAUGUUGAAUGUCACUAUGGCCAAUGGUCAUACAUGGCAUGCAAACAAUGUGUCAAAAAGGUUGUGAAGGUUAAGAAUGGGUUCAACUGUGAGGAAUGUGAUAAUUCUGAUGGGAUUGCCAUUCCGAGGUUCCGGUUCAUCGUGAACGUUGUUGAUGGUAGUAGCAAUGCAUCAUUGCUAUUAUGGGAUCGAGAAUGUGUCCAACUAUUAGGGAAAAAAGUUGAUGAAAUUCAACUUGGCCAUGAGGAGCUUGGAGCUGAUAAAUAUAUUCCUCCUAAGAUUGAAGAAAAACUUUUGGGGCAAACUUUACUAUUUAGAAUCCAUGUGAAAACCAGUAAUGAGUAUUGGAUUGAUAAACCAUACACUGUGAAUAAAAUUUGUAAUGACCCUCAAAUCGUCGAUAAGUACAUUCCUCCAACUUUGGACUCAAGGGGUUCAAAUUCAGGAUUGGAAAUUUCUCCCACUUUGGAAGGGCUUUCUCCGUUUGUUGGAACGGACGUUGUUCUGCAUGGCUCUACCUCUGGUGCCAACGACACUCAUACUAAAUUGAUUGCUAAAGAUUCAUUGAAAAUAAGUUUGGAUGUUGAAAUUUUAGGACAAACGAUUGUUGUUGGUGGAGAGCAGAAGAAAUUAAUGAUCAAGCUGGAGAAUAAUUAG